AUGGCACCCAUCAACGGAACUCCACAAACGCACUACAAGGUCGUCAUUAUCGGGUCUGGCCCUGCAGGACACACUGCUGCCAUUUACUUGGCACGCGCCAAUCUCGAGCCAGUCAUGUUUGAAGGCUUUUUGGCCGCGGGUGUUGCUGCAGGUGGUCAACUUACCACCACGACAGAAAUUGAAAACUUUCCUGGCUUUCCAGCUGGUUUAUCUGGCCCUGAGCUCAUGGACGCUAUGAGGAAGCAGUCAGAAAAGUUUGGUACCAAGAUUUUCACAGAAACUAUAUCCAAGGUUGAUUUCUCCGCGCGGCCAUUCAAAUUGUGGAGAGAAGGCAGUGAUACCGAGGAAAAGGAUGCCAUUCUCGCUGACUCAGUGGUUAUUGCGACGGGUGCAACAGCCAAGAGAUUGCACAUUGCCGGAGAAGAUGUCUUUUGGCAAGCCGGGAUCUCAGCUUGCGCUGUCUGCGAUGGAGCUGUCCCAAUUUUCCGUAACAAGCCUCUUGUUGUUGUUGGUGGAGGCGACUCUGCAUCAGAGGAAGCCACUUUCUUGACAAAAUACGCAUCAAAAGUUUACGUCCUUGUUCGUCGUGACAAGCUGCGUGCCUCAAAGGUGAUGGCUGAUCGUUUGUUGGCCCACCCCAAGGUUGAGGUCCUCUGGAACAAGAUCCCCAUCGAAGCCAAGGGCGACCGCCUGUUGAAACAACUCGUCAUUGAGGACACCCAGACAAAGGAACAAACGACACUGGAUGUCAAUGGUCUGUUCUAUGCCAUUGGUCACACCCCCAACACUGCCAUUUUCAAAGGACAGCUUGAAUUGGAUGAUGUGGGUUACAUCAAGGUCCGCCCCAACCAAGGUGUGCCAUCGACAUAUACGAACAUUGAGGGUGUCUUUGCUGCGGGUGAUGUGCAGGAUAAGACCUACCGUCAAGCUAUCACUGCUGCUGGCUCUGGAUGUAUGGCCGCUUUGGAUUGUGAGAGGUGGCUUGAGGCCCAACACUUUGCCGAGCAACAGCAGUAG